GGGUGGGGGGCCCAGGUCAGGGGCCCAGGAUGCAGGGGUCUGCCCCUGGCCAGGCUCUGCCUUCGGAGGAGGCUGAGCGUCGUCACACGGGCCGUGCCGAGGCCCUGGGCCCUGACUGUGCAGCCUAAGACAGGACUGUAACUUUAAGACCCUCCCGACCCCUGACCUCUGCCCCUAGUGGCCCUGGCCCCUGUGCAGCCCUUCCUGGCCGCCAUGUGUCCCCAGAGCCUGAGCCUGGCUGGGCUGGGCAGUGACCCGGGUGGGAAAGGGUGGUCUUGCCCUCUAAGGCCUGGCACAAGCAGCUCUGUGGCCAUGGAUGUGUUCCAGAAGGUAGAGAAGAUCGGAGAGGGCACCUAUGGGGUGGUGUACAAGGCCAAGAACAGGGAGACAGGGCAGCUGGUGGCCCUGAAGAAGAUCAGACUGGAUUUGGAGAUGGAGGGGGUCCCAAGCACUGCCAUCAGGGAGAUCUCCCUGCUUAAGGAACUGAAGCACCCCAACAUUGUCCAACUGCUGGACGUGGUGCACAACGAGAGGAAGCUCUAUCUGGUGUUUGAGUUCCUCAGCCAGGACCUGAAGAAGUACAUGGACUCCACCCCAGGCUCAGAGCUCCCCCUGCACCUCAUCAAGGUAGGGAAGGAAGGGCGGGGAAGGAGAGGUGACACCCCGUCCCUGCCAUCCCUGUCCACGCAGCGCCUCUGCUCAGCUGCCUCCACCUCGCGCUCGUUUCUCCAGAGCUACCUCUUCCAGCUGCUGCAGGGGGUGAGUUUCUGCCACUCACAUCGGGUCAUCCACCGAGACCUGAAGCCCCAGAACCUGCUCAUCAAUGAGUUGGGUGCCAUCAAGCUGGCUGACUUCGGCCUGGCUCGAGCCUUCGGGGUGCCCCUGCGCACCUACACCCACGAGGUGGUGACACUGUGGUAUCGCGCCCCCGAGAUUCUCUUGGGCAGCAAGUUCUAUACCACAGCUGUGGAUAUCUGGAGCAUUGGUUGCAUCUUUGCAGAGAUGGUGACUCGAAAAGCCCUGUUUCCUGGUGACUCUGAGAUUGACCAGCUCUUUCGUAUCUUUCGUACGCUGGGGACACCCAGCGAAGACACAUGGCCCGGGGUCACCCAGCUGCCUGACUAUAAGGGCAGCUUCCCUAAGUGGACCAGGAAGGGACUGGAAGAGAUUGUGCCCAAUCUGGAGCCAGAGGGCAGGGACCUGCUCAUGCAACUCCUGCAGUAUGACCCCUGCCAGAGGAUCACAGCCAAGACUGCCCUGGCCCACCCGUACUUCUCAACCCCCGAGCCCUCCCCGGCCGCCCGCCAGUAUGUGCUGCAGCGAUCCUGCCAUUGAGAAUGUCAAGGCCACACUCAGAUCCUCUCUCGAGCAGCUGCUGCCCCCGCUGCCUCCUACCCAUUGCCGAGAGAGGAUGCAUCUGGGGAGAGCAAAGCACUAAGGAAUUUAGCAUCAGCCUGCAGAGGGCUGAGUCUGGGUUAGUCCCGCCCGCAGGUUAGCGAGAUCCUGUGUUGUUUUUUGGGUUUGACAGUGCCGUUUCAAAAUAGAGGCACAGAUGCUCCAUGCACGAGGGGUCCCCGGGCACUGGAACAAGUGCCAAGUUGAAGGCAGGGGGCCUGUCAGAGCUGGGUGUGGGUAUUCAGGCCCUCACCUGCCCCGCCUGCAGGGCCAGACCCUGAGGAAAGGGCGCCCCCUGCUGGUCUUUUUGGAUUUAAAAUGUUUGGGGGAAGAGUUGAGUUCUAGUUCAGAGCCCCAAGUUAAACAGGAGGGAGUGAGGGAGAGGAGAGAGGGCAUUCCCCGGAUCGCAGGAGAGGUGGGCUAUGGCUGCACUAAGGAGGUGUUCCUUCACCUGAGAUGUGCUUCUUUUGGUUCAUUUCUGGCUUGACAACAAGAAAUAAACGUGGUAUGUUCCUGAGUUUUCUGAUUGUACUGCUCACAGGGGACACCUGGG